UCUCUCCUUUCUCAGAUCUGGUGCUUGUUCGUUGGCUUCCUUCGUUGAAUUUCUUUUUAGUUUCUCCUGAGCAUCCAGCAAGAUGAUCUGUGAGUUUCCAUUGGCAGCCGUCCCGUACGCUUGGAUCCUCCAGUUUAUUCUGGGUAUUGGCAAAUCGGGAAGGAGUUGCAGCUCGGUGUUGCUCGAUAACGGGUCCUGCCCUGCCGAUUCAAAGCAUAGACGACGUCCAUGGCACUUAUAGUCUUACAGCGAGCAUGCUCUGGCCUUGGCCUGAUACAGUUCGAGGCUCAACGAUUAAAGUUGACCGGACGAUACGUCUGCAGUAGUCAUCACAGACCGCAGAGAUUCUGCAGUUGUAUAGAUCCAAUGAAAAUAGAUCCGGCAGAUGCAGCUCUAAUUUACAUAAGAAUUGGUCUUUUGUAUAAAAGGACUUGGUUUUCCUUGCUACAAACAGAGACUUCGUUUCAUCUCUACGUUGGCCGGUGUGCAAACAAAAUCAAUGAUAGAGAGUAAAGGGAAAAUCAGACGGCAACAUGGGAGGAUUUUUUUCUGGGUCUCAGCAUGUUGUUCCUCUUCGUCGGUGCUUAUGUACUCGGAGGUGGCUUUUGAGACUUAAAGCAAGAGGUGCCGGCUGUACCAGUGGAUCAUCUCAGGGAGAGCUCGGAAGGGGGGUCCUGUUCGAGACUCUCUGGUGGCUCUACCCAGCCCUUCAUGAUGGCUGUGAACGAACGACCGGGCUGGUUGGCCUGAAGGAGCAGGUCUUCUUUGUCGGCUAUGACUGGGGAGCUAUGAUUGCCUGGAACCCAACCUCAGAUCUAGAGGAAGGCUUCAAAGCUUCGUUUGGUAAUGAUUAUUACUUUUGCAGGUUUCAGGAACACGGAGAAGCUGAAGAAGAUUUCGCUUGUGCCGAUACUGCAACACUAAUGAAGAAUUUCUUUUCUAUAUUUGGUCUAAAUCCUCCCUAA